CUUAAGAAGGCUAUUCGGCAGGAUGCUGUAACCCUCGCAGGGCAACUGCAGCAGCCGCAGAGUUGCGGUUUAUCUCUGAAGCCGACUUGGGUGACGACGACUUAUUUGGACGGCAGUCGGUGAAGCCUCGUAAAGUCUCCGAAGCCGCCGUUUCCAGACUUCAGAGUUCAUCCUUGUCAAAUCCCCAGCUCGUCUUCUCCGCCCGCCCCGGUGUGAAAGGCGCAGCCAAAAGGCCCAAUUAGCUUCCCAGGGAAGCAGGGUUGGGGGUGGCGGGGUCUCUGCGGAUAGACUGGCUCCUCCCCGCGUCCUGCCAAACUCCAGCUUCGCCACACCAAAGAUGGCCGCCUCGCGACUCUUCUCCCCCACCUCGUCUAAGCUCGCGCGCAACUUCUGGCCACACCCAACAUGGUCCCCGUCGAAGGUUGCAUUCCUGCGGCGCGGUCUCGGGCCCGUUCUCGCGAGAUGUGCCUGGCCGCGACUGCUCCCGCCCUGCCUCGCGCCGCCGCCACCGCCGCUGCUGCCGGCGCCGCUCCUCCUCCGUGUCAGUUGUUGGGCCGUAAUGGCGACUGGGCCGCCGCUCCCCGAGUGACUCCCGGGCGGGGGAGCGGGGCCGGACCUGCGCCAGAGGGGAAGCCGCAGAGAGCCGCGGCUCAGGAGGGGGCCUGCUGUCGGGGGAAGGGAGGCAGCCGGCCGCCUCUGCCUCCUUCCCUGCUGACCGGCGGAUCCCGGGCAGCCGGUGCGCGGCGGGCACUCGGGGCGUCCCCAGGCCGGGCAGCCCUGGGGCCGGUCGGGGCGGCGUCGCGGCACCCUCCGCCAGGCCCCGCGGGAUGCACCGUGGGGACCGAGGGCGGAGGCGACACUCUCAGGUAAAUUGGCAGAAUGAGGAGCAACAAAUCAAAAGAGGUGCCUUUACCAAAUCCAAGACACUCGCAAAGCAAGGAUACUGUUCAAGAUACAACUACAUCAUGGAAUGCGCUUCCUCAGCCCAAGGCUGCUCUGAGACAUAUUGAAAACAAAUUGGAAGUAGCCCCUGCAAGUACAGCUGUGGUUGAUUUGGUCAUGGAUGCCAAGAAGGCUUCUGCAAGUGCUACCCGAAAAAUAAGUAGAAAAGAUCUUAGAUAUCUAGAUGAGUCUUGGGUUAAUGCUCCAACUGGCGCAUCCUCGAGACCACGGACAGAAAAAUCCCGCAGUCCUCUCAGGACCACCACCCUGGACAGCAAUGUGAAGAAAACUAAUCGUGUAGAGUUUCGUGAACCUCUGGUUUCUUACAGGGAAAUCCUUGGUGCACCUUCCAAUUUAAGUCCCAGCUAUCUGGAUUCAAAACGUGUGUAUUGUUUAGAUGUUAAUGAAGAAAAGGCUGAGAGUGGGAACCGGACAAUAAACAAUCGAGAAGAACAGAAUAUACAUUGCUGUGAUUUUGAGAGCUCUCAAUCCUUUGCCAUUAAUGAUACAGUUGUAAGGUUUUUAAAUGAUCGAUCAGCAAUUGAUGCAUUGCAAAAUUCCGAAUGUUUGAUUAAGGUGGGUGCUCCUGUGAGAACUGAGGAAGACAUGCCUAUUAGAGCAAAAGGAAAUGAGAACAGUUUGAAGCCUUCUGUGAACGACACGGGCCAUGACAUGGAUCCAAAAGUGUUAAGGUCAACUGACUCUUCUCCAUCUUCUGCUAGUACUUGCAGUUCCCAAAGAUUAGACAUUUUAAAGAGGCGACAACAUGAUGUCAAACUGGAAAGACUCAAGGAGCGGAUUAGGAAACAGUGGGAACAUUCAGAAGAAAUGAAUGGCCGGGGCCAGAAUCUGGGUCAUACUGACCAUCCAGUCAUGGUUGUUAAUGUUGAUAACUCAGUGACAGCGAAAGUCAGGAAAGUGGCCACAGCACCACCUGCUCCCACGUACAGAGGUUUCAACCCUUCAGAGACAAGAAUUCGAACACCUGAUGGAAGAGUGUGGCAGGAGGCCGAGUUCCAGAACAUGAGUAGAGAACUGUAUCGAGACUUAGCACUUCAGUUGGCAGAUGAUAUCUCUGUAAAAGAGAAACCUGCAGAAAAAAUUAAGGAGAAGAAAGUCGUCAAGCCAGUACGAAAAAUCCAAAAGGGAACACAGUUAUCAAGUCCUGAAUGCAAAACAGGUAGUAGUCGUCUGAUAAGUACAUCUUCUUGGCGAGAUGGACAGAAGUUAGUGAAGAAGAUCCUGGGACCUGCACCUAAAGUGGAGCACCAAGAGCAAAGAAGAGCAUCAGGUGACAGGAACGGAAGAGAAAGGACUGCUAACGUUGGGGGUCAUAUUGGAAAAGCAGAAUCCCAUUCCAAGUUGGAUAUUUCACACAGACUUCUUGCCCGAAGUUCAGAGCGUUCAAGAAGUAGAACUCGGUCUGAAACUAAUAUCAAGAAGGCAGCUCCAUCUCUCCCAGAUAACAAACAGGAGGAAAACACUGCCUUAAAUAAGGAGUUUUUACCUGUUGAAAUUCGUGGCAUUCUUGAUGACCUACAGUUGGAUUCCACAGCUCAGACUGCAAGGUUGGAAAAUGGGGAGUUACAAAAUCAGAAGUCGGUAGCACCAGUCCAGGUACCUAGAAGUCAUAGCCCAGUGAAAAGAAAACCAGAAAAAGUAGCAGCUAAUGAAGAUCCCCCUGUUAUCUCUAAAAAGCGCCACUAUGACACAGAUGAGGUCCGGCAGUACAUUGUCCGGCAGCAGGAGGAGAGGAAGCGGAAGCAGAACGAAGAGAAGAAGGCUCAGAAGGAGGCCACAGAGCAGAAGAACAAGCGAUUGCAGGAGCUCUAUCGGAAGCAGAAAGAAGCCUUUACAAAAGCAAAAAACGUGCCUCUUCCGGAGCCAUCCACCAGCAGGCGACUACAGGAAACUUACUCCAAAUUGUUGCUGGAAAAGACCUUGCUUGAGGAAACGUCCCAGCAGCAUGGUACACAGGAAACACAGGCCAAACCAGGGUAUCAGCCUUCUGGGGAAUCUGAUAAGGAGAACAAAGUACAGGAGCGUCCUCCGAGUGCAUCUUCCAGCAGUGACAUGUCUCUGUCAGAACCGCCACAGCCUCUUGCAAGAAGGGACCUGAUGGAGCCUGCUUGGAUGCAGCCUGACAGGCUGAGCCCACGAGGUCCUUCUCAGCCACAGCCGCUUGUUGGAACAGCCGGAAAUCUACUGUCUCAUCUUCUGAAUCUAGAACAUGUAGGAAUUUUGCAUAAGGAUUUUGACUCUGUUUUACCAACUAGGAAGAAUCAUAAUACAGUUUCAGGGCCAUUAACUUUUACACCUCAACCGUAUCUGACCUCACCAGCUGCUCAUUCAGAUGCCUUGUUAAAACCUAGUGCCAGCCACUAUAAGAGUAAACUGGAUCGAAUUGAAGCCUUGAAAGCUACAGCUGCUUCCUUGUCUAGCAGGAUUGAAAGUGAAGCCAAGAAAUUAGCUGGAGCUCACAUUAAUUAUGGGUCAGUGUGGGACGCCGAGUGUGACGUGCAGGAUGCUCCCCAAGAAAAUGGAGUGUGGAACAAGGCUGUAAGUCCACCUGCGAAAGAGGAUGCUGAAGAUGUUUUCUCUGUGCGGAUUCAAAAGAUGCUGGGAACCUGUGUCUCUCAUGCAACUUUUGAUGAUGAUCUUCCUGGGGUAGGCAACCUUAGUGAGUUUAAAAAGCUUCCUGAGAUGAUAAGACCUCAAAGUGCUAUAUCAAGCUUCAGAAUGAGGUCCCCUGGUCCCAGGCCGGGAGGGCUCCUGGCACAGUUAUGUAAGCAGCAGACGGACUCUUCCGGCUCUGAUGUGCGGCCCUGCUCUCAGGACAAAGCCAAAGUGUCUCUUGGUUCCAGCCUGGAUUCAGUCAGCGAAGGGCCUCUUCUCAGUGAGGGCAGUCUCUCUGAAGAAGAGGGAGGCCACGACAGACCACCCCCUUUGAAGGGGUCUGAAAUCUUCAAAGACAAGGAAUUUUGUGCUGGAGAAAGAAAUACUUAUGAACCUAUCAAAGAGUUUCAGAAGGAAGCUGAAAAAUUCCUGCCGCUUCUGGGACACAUAGGAGAUGCAGAAAGCAAAGGAGCAUGGGAAGAAUUGGCAAAGGGAAGUCCACAUAGCGUUAUCAAUAUCUUUACAAAAUCAUAUCAGUUAUAUGGAAAAGGAUUUGAAGACAGAUUGGAUGGAGGACCAUCAGCAUCACGGCCUCUUAGCAAUAUCUCCUAUGAAGAUGAUUUUGCUUCCUCUCCGGGCAGUGGGACUUUGACCGAAAGGAAAUCAACUCUUGAGCCUAAUGUUGGUGGUAGUAGUUUAAGCCUCCAGGAGGACCGUGCUGGCCGGAAGUCGGCCUAUGAGCUUUCCUGUGGCGAUGUGAUGUCUCAGCAGUCCUCAGGAGCCCAGUCGGUGGCGUCUUCGCGUUCCUCCACUUCAUCUAAAGGAAAGAGAGGGAAAAAGGAAAGAAUAGACUGGUUGAAUUCAUUUAAGAACUCACUUCUUGAUGAAGAAAAAGCACAGUCUGGCUCAGAACGUGGCUCUCAGCAAGUGAAAAAAUCUGGGACCAGUAGUAAACUUUCUGCUAAAGAUUGCGAGCAGACUCUUGACACUGAAAGCACUUUGGAGGAACUUUCUGGGCCUUCUCUGAGUGUCUCAUCAGACAAGGGAAGGUCUCCGAGGACUCCGACAUCUCCCCUUUCUCCAAGUUCCCAGAAACUGUCUGAGCUUCCCGGCACUUCCCUGGACAGAUCCAAGUCCUCAGCCGUGAUGCCUGCGAGCACAGCAGGCCUUCAGCCCUCAGCAGCCUUCAGCGAGGUGAACCUGGCCUCCAGCAGGUCGGCCGGCGAGACGGCUUCACCACCAGGUGCUAAGCGCUUUUCCCCUGCCGGCCUCCAGCACCGGAUGACUGCAGAGCUCAGCUACCUGAGUGCCCUCGAGGAGUCCGUGCGUCAGCUCUCGGACGUGGAGCGCGUGAGAGGCAUCUCGCUUGCUCAGCAGGAGAGCGUGUCUCUGGCUCAGGUCAUAAAGGCACAGCAGCAACGCCAUGAAAGAGAUUUGGCCCUUCUGAAACUGAAGGCUGAGCAAGAGGCCCUGGAGUGUCAGAGACAAUUAGAAGAAACCCGAAACAAAGCAGCUCAGGUCCAUGCAGAAUCAUUACAGCAGGUGGUCAAAUCUCAGCAUGAAGUAACGGAAGUCCUACAGGAAGCAACACGUACCAUAGCAGCCCAACAAACAGAAACUGCUCGCCUCACCACAGAUGCAGCACGCCAAAUCUGUGAGAUGGCAGAGCUAACUCGAACCCGUAUCUCAGAUGCCAUCACUGGUUCAGGAUUUCCCCUAACAACAUUGUACGACCACCAACGACAGCACCUUCCAGAAUUCAUGAAACAUCUGAGGACCAGAGCUGAAACAGAUAGGGCGAGUCAAUCUAUUUCACUCUCCCAGAGUAAAGAAGGCACUGUUGACUCAAAACAACAGAAGUAUUUCUCUUCAUACGAUAGUUAUUCUGACUCAUCAAGAUACAAGAGGCAUGAUCGAAGAAGCAGUAGUGGUAGCAGUCGUCAAGAGAGUCCAUCCUGUAAGGAACAUGAGAAGAAACUUCCUGGUGACCAGAGGGAGACUUCAGUUGAAGAACAGGUGCAGACUGCCGCGGAUGACUCCCUGAGAAGUGGCAGUGUUCCCUCUCUUCCUGAUGAGAAAGAUUCAACUUCGAUUGCAACAGAAUAUUCCUUUAAAUUUGAUGAAUCCAUGACAGAAGAUGAAAUAGAAGAGAAAUCAUUUCGGUCUUUACUGCCUUCCGAGAGUCACCGCAGAUUUAACAUGGAGAAGAAGAGAGGCCAGCAGGAGGACAGUGAUGAGGAAGCCUCCCCAGAGAAGACCUCGCUGUCUUCUGCCAAGGAGUUGAGCAUGCCGUUCUCCGGAGGGCAAGACAGCUUCUCCAGGUUCACCAUGGAGAUGGUCCGGCAGUACAUGAAGGAAGAGGAGAUGAGGGCAGCCCACCAGUCCUCUCUUCUGCGGCUCCGUGAGAAGGCCCUGAAGGAGAAAACUAAGGCCGAGCUAGCCUGGCUGGAACAUCAAAAAAAACAUCUGCGAGACAAAGGAGAGGAUGAUAAAAUGCCCCCACUCCGGAAGAAGCAGCGCGGCCUACUUCUGCGACUGCAGCAAGAGAAGGCAGAAAUAAAACGCCUUCAGGAAGCCAACAAGGCAGCUCGGAAGGAGCGGCAGCUGAUUCUUAAGCAGCAGGAGGAGAUAGAGAGGAUUCGGCAGACCACCAUGAAGCUGCAGGAGAGGCUGAAGUCUGCAGGCGAAAACAGACUGGACUCCCGUAGUGAGUGUGAUGUGCAGGAUAAUAAAGCAGCUGGUCCGGGGCCAGCCGACGAGACCCGCACUCCUUCUCCGGUCUCCAUCUCCAGCAGUGAAACCAGCAGCAUUAUGCAGAAACUGAAGAAAAUGAGAAGCCGUAUGGAUGAAAAGUUUCUGACAAAGCGAGAGCAAAAACUCAUGCAGCGGCGACAGCAUGCAGAGGAACUCCUAGAAUGGAAGCGACGCUUAGAUGCAGAAGAAGCAGAAAUUCGUCAAAUGGAGAAACAAGCUUUGGCUGCCUGGGACAAAGAAUUAAUAAAACCCAAAACUCCUAAGAAAGAGCUGGAGGGCCAGCGAUCGGAACAGAAAGCAUUAGUGAGUGAAGAAGAAUCUCCAGUACCUUCUUACUCUCAUCAAAACAGUGAAAGUUCUAUUCCGGAAGAAGUAGGCAGCCUUGCUGUCAGCUUUGCGCCGUCUGAGUCUGCGCUGCAGGAGCAGCCAGGGAGUCCAGAUCGUAGUAUACUUACCGAAGAAAUGGUUUUUUCACAGGAACUAGAAUCUUCUACCUCUCCUAGUAAACAGUCACCUCCCAAAAGCUGCUGCUCCGUGUCCAAGCAGGAUUCCAGCAAAGGCAGCCCUAGGCCUGGAGGGCAGUCUCGAGUGCCUGCCAGGUCCCCGCAGCACUGCGCCAGCUGGUCGGAUGAGUCCUUGUCCAUGACGCAGUCAGAAACUACCUCUGACCAGAGUGAUAUCGAAGGUAGGAUCAGAGCUCUGAAGGAUGAGCUGCGGAAGAGGAAAUCGGUUGUGGACCAGCUGAAGAAGGAGCAGAGGAAAAGACAGAAGGAGAGGCUGAAAGCCCAGGAGGCCAGUCUGAUCAAGCAGCUCGAGUCGUAUGAUGAAUUUAUUAAGAAAACUGAAGCUGAGCUUAGCCGAGAUUUGGAAACCUCCCCGACAGCCAAGCCUCAGAUUAAAACGCUAUCUUCAGCUUCCGAGAAGCCGCGGAUCAAACCCCUGCCGCUGCACAGAUCUGAAACAGCAAAGAGUUGGAAGUCACUUACAGAAUCGGAACGUUCCAGAGGGUCCCUGGAAUCUAUUGCUGAACAUGCUGAUAAUUUGUUGUCAAGUUCUCAGAGAUCAGUGUUGGAAAAGUCUGUGUCUGCCUAUGCGAAGAGAGUGAAUGAGCUGAACAGUCGGCCCGAAGAGCAUCUGCAGACCCCACCUCCAGUUCUCAGGUUAUCCAGGACAGCUGGAGCAGAAUCUGGGGGUUCUUUGGAAAACGUACCUUCAUUACCUCUUCUUAAAGAAUUGAGUACCCCUAAGAGAGUUCUUGGUGUGUCAGAUGCCAAGACUGAAGAGCCUGGUCAACAAUCAGAAAUACAAGAAGUAGGAUGUGCAAAAUUGGAGGAGGCCACGACUAAGGAAGGUUGUUCUAAACUGUCAGAGAAAUCCGAUGUCUUACUGCAGCUAGACCUGGAACAGGGAGGCUCAUCCGAAAUUCUUUCAAGUAAAGCUCUUCCUUUAGAUCCCAUAGAUGUUCAGGAAGAUUUAGUUAGACUAGUCAUUGAAAAUCUUCAUACAAGGGAGCAGAUAUUGAGAGAAUCGGAUCCAGAUGUGGACCCCAGUGCAGCCAGCCCAUCAGAAGACAGUUAUGAACGGAAGAACAGGGAGAGGGGCUCAGCUCUGUCAGAACACGUUUUUACUCCUAAAGAAGUAUCAUACUCUGAAGAAAUUGAAGCGUCUUCUCUCAAAAAGGAAAUUUCGGCCGAGUUGUACAAGGAUGAUUUUGAGGUGUCCUCUUGGGUGUCACUCAGAAAAGACUCUGAGGUUUGUAGAGGAAAGUCACAGUCGGCAAGGAGCUCCAGGGGUAGAACCCCUAGCUUCAGCAGUGAGGACGAAACCAGCGAGUGCCUGAGUGAGAAAGGCCUUUCCACUCAUAGCACCGUCUACUCGGAAAGGCUGUUGGAUCUCAAGUCCCCCACCGAGCUGUUGAAAGGUGCGGAGCGCAGCGAUGUGGAACAGGAGGGGGUUCCCCAGGCCCCUGCCUUGGCUUCAGCUUCCGCUGCAGGGGAAUUACUUGACUUCCACAUUGGUGACCGGGUGUUGAUUGGCAAUGUUCAGCCAGGGACUCUGCGAUUCAAAGGGGAGACUAAGUUUGCUAAAGGAUUCUGGGCCGGUGUGGAGUUGGAUAAACCUGAAGGAAAUAACAAUGGAACCUAUGAUGGCAUCACCUAUUUUAUAUGCAAAGAGAAGUAUGGUAUUUUUGCUCCUCCUCAAAAAAUAUCUCACAUUCCUGAAAACUUUGAUGAGUAUGUGGACAUAAAUGAAGAAGACUGUUACUCAGAUGAACAGUAUCAGUACUAUACUCAAGAGCAAAAAGAUACAGAGGCUCAACAAGAUAGAGAAAAAGAUGUCACUGAAUGUUUUUAUGAGAAAUCUCUACCCAGUGUGCCUGAUACGGAAGCCUCAGUGAAUAGAGAGCAAAGCCUUAGAAUAGAAACGGCAAGUACACAGGCCAUUUGCAGGGGGCCUGAGGCCCGUGUGCAGCAGCAGGCUUCGGUGGGUUCACUGACUUCAGAGGAAACCCAGGACCUUGUUUCUGGUGUCGUAGGAAAGGCUGCCAUUGACGCAGAGCAUGAUGCUUUAGACAACACCUUCUCUGAAGAAUUGAAGAAGCAGCAGCAGUGUAUAAAAGAGGAAAACCUGUGCUCUGAAAUCCCAGAGAAUCUUGCCACCCCACUGCUGGACCUCUUAACAAAAGAGAAACAUCAGCUGGAAGCCCAACUGAGGUCAUCACUGGAUGAGGGAAAAAAGUCCAAACAGCUGGAGACAGUCAGUUCGCUGACGGACAGUUUACUCAAAGUGUUUGUGAAGGACACAGUCAGUCAACUACAACAAGUCAAAAAAGCAAAGAAUGAGAAAAUCCGGCUUAGUAACCAGGAGCUUCUUGAUGGUGACCGAAAGGACGGACCACCCCACCACCUGUCCCAGAGGCUUGGGGGGCAGCCGGCAGGUGUUUCAGGCUCUUUUGUAGGGUCUGAGUUGGAAGAUGAGAAAGAAGAGAUUUCCUCUCCAGAUAUGUGUCCCCGACCGGAGAGCCCAGUAUUUGGUGCCAGUGGGCAGGAGGAGCUUGCUAAAAGACUUGCCGAACUUGAGAUCAGCCGGGAGUUCCUCAGCACUUUAGGAGAUGACCAAGACUGGUUUGAUGAAGACUUCGGUUUGAGUUCUUCCCACAAGAUUCAAAAAAAUAAAGCAGAAGAAACGAUUGUGCCUCUAAUGGCAGAACCUAAAAGAGUACCCCAGAAGCCGUGUGAACCGAUAUUGGCAGUCCCACAUACUGUGGAAGAAGUAGAAAUUCUUGUGCGUGACGCAGCGGAAGAGCUGUGGAAGUGGAAGGCACUAGGCCACGACCUUCACAGCAUCAGGGUUCCCACAGAGCUGCUGGGCUGUGCCGGCACGGGCCUGGAUCUGGAAAGCUCUAGUAAAAGGGUCUACAAACAGGCGGUUUUUGAUUUAACAAAAGAAAUCUUUGAGGAGAUCUUUGCUGAGGACCCCAACCUGAAUCAGCCUGUCUGGAUGAAGCCAUGUAGAAUCAACUCGAGCUACUUCCGACGAGUAAAAAAUCCAAACAGCCUUGAUGAAAUUAAGAAUUUCAUCACAACCGAAGUACUGAAGCUGCUCAGUCUUAAAAAGGAGCCAAACCACAAAACAGAUUGGCAGAAAAUGAUGAAAUUUGGAAGAAAGAAAAGAGACCGAGUGGAUCAUAUCUUGGUGCAGGAGCUGCACGAGGAGGAGGCGCAGUGGGUGAACUAUGACGAGGAUGAGCUGUGUGUGAAGAUGCAGCUGGCCGACGGCAUCUUUGAGACCUUGAUCAGAGACACCAUUGAUGUGCUGAACCGCAUCAGUGAGAAGCAGGGCAGAAUGCUACUUGUGUGACAUCUUGCAAAUAAAUCCGACACUGAGUGCUAA